AAUAUACACAUAAAUCUGAACAAAUUGUCCACUUAAAUGCAGAACAUGAGGUUUGUUACCUUUAACUGAUUUUCAUACGCUUUACAGGAGCUGAGGCUCUAUUAAAAACAUCAUUCUAUGGCUGCGUACAUACCACCUUUCCCAAACUCACUUGUGGGAUGUUGUUGGUGUUGUAGAAGUAGUUAAUGAGUGUAUCGCGUCCAACAUGGGAGCGCGAUAAAUAAGACUCAGAUCCCGAUGAUGGUACAGGCUCUGCAACUGUCAGUGCUUAGAACUGCGGUCCGAUGAAGGAUGGGUUGAUUAAGUUGAACAAAUUAUUGUAAAAAUUGCCAAAAAUAGAAUGAGUUACUACUAAUUAAAGCUACUGCCUUCAUUGAUACCUUCUGCUUAUAUGCAUCCAAAAUUUGCCUCUUUCUUUGAACGGAAGAAAUCAGACCCUCCUAAUUUCAGUUUCAAGACAAAUCCUUUCCGUUUACCAGGUUCUCCACCAUGCAAUUAUCAGUAAAUACUACUAUAUGCCAGAAAAAUUUGCAUCAACUGCAAAAUUUGAAUGAAUUGAAGCCGGAAGAAUAUAUCCAUCAGUGCUUUUAGGUCCCGCCAGCAUGGCAUCAGGCAACAAAGGAAAAUUCAUCGCGUACACGCAUCAUCACUUAGCUGAAAGUUCUAAUUAUAGGAAUAAGGAGCCUGUGCAUGCUGAACAAGUUGAACUACUGGAUAAGAGAUUGAGAAUUCUUGAAGAUGAAGCAGAGUUACUCAGAGUAACUUUCUUGAAAGGUGUGGAAGAAAGAAAAAAGUUAGUAAAGGAAAUUCAAAACGAAUUUCAGUCUGCGUUUGGAUACACGAAGCGUCAUGAACAACAUGGACUCCCGCUGAUUCUAUAUGAAGAAUCAAAACCAACAGUUGUCAUGAGAGAACUGAGAGCUUCAGAGGCUGUUUUCCAGGAUGCUACUCGAUGUGUAUGUGCAUUUUCUCAUAAAUGA